AUGGCAACUUCAAUAUCAAUGAUAUCACCACCACCGUGGAUGGUGUCAAGUAGAACAAGAAGCAAUGGCAGCCCAUCAGCUUCACUCUCUCUUAUCACUGGUUCAAGAACGAGAAGCAAUUUUUCAAUGAAUGUCACCACCAACUCCAAUACUCGCUGCGGGCUGCUUCACUGUUCCUUUCUCUCCUCCUCUUCUCUCUCUUUACCUUCUUCCUUCUCAGGUUUAUCUUUGGGAUUGGAUUUGAAUUCUAACAUUGGAGCGAGAAAGGAUAUAGGUCGUGGUCUAGUGGUGAGAGCUGGGAAGCCUGCACUUUGUCAAACCAAAAGAAACAGGUCUAAAAAGUCUCUGGCACGGACUCAUGGCUUCCGUAGAAGAAUGAGAACCACUAGUGGAAGGGCAGUGUUGAAACGUCGACGUGCCAAGGGAAGGAAGGUCCUUUGCACCAAGUCCAAUCCCAAUAGUGGGAAAGCUGCUUGA